AUGACCAUUGGCGCCCUCCCCCCAACUAUGAAGGCGGUCGUCCUCGAGGCGCCCCUCAAGAUCGCUGUCAAGGACGUGCCCACCCCGACGAUCCAGAAGCCCACCGACGUGAUCGUCCAGACCACCGUCGCGGGCUUGUGCGGCUCUGACCUGCACAUCUACCGUGGCCACAUCCCCAUUCCACUCCCAAUCACAGUCGGCCACGAGCUUGUGGGCAAGAUCGUGCAGGUCGGUGACGAGGUGACCAAGUGGAAGGUCGGGGACAAUGUCAUCGUCCCCUUCACCGCCACCUGUGGCGAUUGCUACUUCUGCAAGAAGGGUCUCAUGGCACGCUGUGACACUGGCAUCACCUUUGGCACUGGUCGCGGCCUCGAGGGCUGCCAGGCAGAGUACCUGCGCGUUCCCACGGCCGACACGUUCCUGUUCCCACAGCCUGACGACAUUCCCGCCAGCACACUUCUCCUUAUGGCCGAUAUCUUGCCGACGGGCUACUUUGUCGCGUCGGGUGGUAAGCGUCUCCUAAUGGAGAGCCUGGGUCAGCCCAUGACAGGCGACCUUGUCAAGGACGUCGAGGGCAAGAAGGAGGGCGUGUGCGUGGUCAUCGGCUGUGGACCAGUUGGACUGUGCGCAAUCUCCUCCGCCGUCCGUAUGUUUGACAAGGUGUUCGCGACCGACCUCGCCCCUCACCGCUUGGAGACUGCACGGCGCCACGGCGCAAUCGCGCUCCCAGAGGAAGAGCUCAAGGCUGCCAUCUUGGAGGCGACGGAUGGGCGUGGAGCCGACGUCGCACUGGAAGUCGUCGGCCACGCCAGCGCCAUGCUCAAGGCCAUCGACCUCACGCGCUACUUUGGCGUUGUGUCCAGUUGCGGUGUCCACUCUGAACCCAUUACCACUAGCGGAUACAUGAUGUUCAACAAGGGCCUCCGCUUCCAGUGGGGCCAGUGCUCCGUGCCGACGUACUUCCCAGGCGCGCUCGAGGUGCUCCGCGACAACAAGGAGAUCUUUGCCAAGUUUAUCGAAAAGAAGAUCGACUUUAGCCAGGCUGAGGAGUACUACGCCCUCUUUGAGAAGAACAAGAUCGGCAAGACCGUGUUCGUCAUGGGUGGCGAGAAGGACGUUUAG